GUACUUUUCUGUGUUCUUCUCGCUGUUUCUGGGUUGUUUGUGCUCGCUGUUGCUGACACGCUGUAACUUAAGCUGUUACUAACCAGUCCCUUUGUGACAAUGUCUGACAAGACCGAGAACCAAACCUCAGACCUUACGGAUGCACGCGGAGGUGCUGAUUGGUGAAGCUUUGCAUUUUAAUUCUGGGAACCGCCAUCUUGAAGCUUUUCACAGCUGUGUCAUGCGCUCCAGGGCGUCUAGAGGAAAACCCGGGCACUGGGCUAUUAAAUGUGAAGGAAGAGGAUGAGACAGAUGACAUGAAAAUUCAUCAGACUGAAAUACAUUGGUCCCUCCCUGCCGGUGAAGAUAAGGAUAACGCUGAUAUGGUGAAGGUUGAGAUAACAGAAGAUCUGUGUGCGAGGCAUCAGCUGGGAGACCCAAAUGAGGAAAGCAGUGACAGUAUCAGCCCAGAUGAAGAUAAUACUGAUAUAGUGAAAGUUGAAAUAACAGAAGAUCUGUAUACGCGUGAUCAGGUGAAGACUGAAGAGGAUGAAGUUCCUAUAAAUACGGCUACAGCAGGUGGAUUCGCAAACUGCAAUAGUCCUAGGCAUUGUCAGAGUGCAGAUCAUUCUUUCCAUCUUUUUCAAAAUCAAGAAAGCCACGCUGGAAAUGCAUGUUCUGAACGCGGGAAAUGUUGCUCCUGGAAUUCACAACUUAAUAGACUUCAGAAAAUUCAUACAGAAGAAAAUGCAUUUCCAUGUUCUGAAUGUGGAAAGUGUUUUACUCAGAAAAGAUAUCUCAUUACUCAUCAGAAAAUUCAUACGGGAGAGAAAUCAUUUUCGUGCAUUGAAUGUGGGAAACAUUUUACUCAGAAAGCACAUCUAGUAACUCAUAAGAGAAUUCACACAGGAGAGAAAUCGUUUUCAUGUUCUGAAUGUGGGAAAUGUUUUACUCAGAAAUCAACUCUUAUUAAACAUCAGAAAAUUCACAAAGGGGAAAAAUCAUUUUCAUGUUCUGAAUGUGGGAAAUGGUUUACUUUGAAAACAUAUCUUAUUGAACAUAAGAAAAUCCAUAAAGGACAAAAGCCAUUUAUUUGUUCUGAAUGUGGGAAAUGCUUUACCAGGAAAUCAAACCUUAUUACUCAUCAGAAAAUUCAUACAGGAGAGAGAGAAUUUUCAUGCUCUGAAUGUGGCAAAUGUUUUCUCAUAAAAUCAGAUCUAACAAAACAUCAGAAAAUUCAUACAGGCGAGAAAGCAUUUGAAUGUUCUGAGUGUGGAAAAUGUUUUACUCUGAAAUCUCAUCUUAUUGGACAUAAUAAAAUUCAUUCAGGAGUGAAAGCAUUUUCAUGUUCAGACUGUGGGAAAAGUUUUACUCUGAAAUCCACACUUAUUACUCAUCAGAAAAUUCAUACAGGAGAAAAACCAUUUUCGUGUACUGACUGUGGCAAAUGCUUUACUCUGAAAUCAUAUCUUAUUGAACAUCAAAAAAUUCAUACAGGAGAGAAAGCAUUUUCAUGUACUGACUGUGGGAAAUGUUUUAUUAAGAAAUCAACUCUAAUUAGACAUCUGAAAAUUCAUAGUGGAGAGAAAACGUUUUUAUUUUCUGAAUGAGGAAAAUGUAUUCUAAGGAAUUCUUCUCUUAAGAUUCCACAACUAUAUACUAGAAUACAAUGCUUAUCACUAUUGCACUGAUUAUUUCUCAAUUUUCUCUAAUGAACCAUGGUCAUUUUAAAGGGACAUUAUAGUAAUGUUAAAAGCAAGUAUUUUAAGUUUUCAACUGUUUUUAAUAUAUUUACCUUUCCAAACAUGAACUUUGUUUCGAAUGAGCGGUUGCAUACACACAUAUAUUCCUGUACCUGCUGAUCAUGAGCACAUUGCAGGCUUCAAUCUGCUUUAUUAAAAGCUGAAAAAGUGGUGACCAUAACACAGCAAUCCUUGUAUGUGGACAGGUGCAAUGAAAGCAACUGAACUGCUAGUCAACCAGCAAGGCACUUGUGUCUGCUACCAGUCGGUAUAUUAUCUGGGCUGCAUAAUCAAGUCUGUAUCAGCUAUAGCUAAUUAGCUUUAGCAAGAAAUAGGAUCCUGCUUGCCGCUUCCCAGCUCCGCACAUUGUCUAAACUGCACGGGAAAGUCUGCCUUACCUAAUCUAUUUAUCUCUAUGUAACAGGAUCCUGCUUGCAUGCUCUGAGCUCUGCACAUUGUCUAAACUGCACAGGGAAGUCUACCUUACCUGAUCUGUUUAUCAUUAAAAGACUAGUAAAAUACA